CCACCGUGUAUCCGCCUGGCUGAAAUGAUUGGGUGGAUUUUAGCAUUUGGAGAGCGUUCAUUUCUUAAUCACCUCUCCCGAAACCGUGGCCUCUUUCAGAGAAAUAUGACACCGCAGCACAUGAUACUGAUCGACACCGUCCUGACUCUGCCAGGCGCCACCAUCGAAGCGGAGUAUCAGCGCCGGAUUGCCGCAAUCAAUGCAGUGAUUGCGUUCUGUGAUGUAGAGGAGUGCGCCCCAACACGGCCCGGGCCGCUUCGAAAGCGCCCCGCAACCGAUGCUGUUGCACCUUAUGCCAAGAGGCAAGAGCGCUCACAAGAGGAUGAGGAUACAAUCGCUCUCCGCCAGGCAAUUGCAUCAAUCCGGGUGCACUCACUUG